UUGGCUAACUGGAGUGUGAUGGGCAGGUUAGCCCUCCCGCCCCGCCCCCGCCCGGAGGGAGGCUGAGCCCCGGGCGGCGCUGUCCACACGCAGCGGGUCCUGAAAGCGGCUCCGGGGCGGCGCGGUGGCGCACUGUGCGCGCCGAGCAGGCGGAGGGCUAGCGCCGGCGGCGGCCGCAGCAACAUAGGCAGUGAGAGCUGGUAGCGGCUCCAUCUCAGCACCGGCUCCAGUAGUCCCGGAGGCCUUGGUGGCGGGGACCCUCCGUUCUCUCCUCUGUCCCUCGCUCCACGCCUUGGGCAGGAGCGGCGGCCGUCCCGGAAGAAGCAGCUGAAAGACAGGCUAACCAGACCCCCGAGAGAGGGCAGCGGGGCUCGAAGAGUUGGUAGGCGUGAGGCAGAUACCGAGGCGAGGAGGAACCCGUCGCUGUUGUCCCCAUUCUUGGUCCCAGCCAUGGGGGAGCAGAGGGGGCCGCGGGAACUUUGAAGGCAGAGGGUUCCGGGGUGUGAGGGCUGCAAGCUCCGGGGGACUCAGGAGUCUCAGCUCCAGCAUCAGUGACGGAAGCGUCUCCGAAACCGCCGGGGCCCCAGCGCGGCCAGGGAGGAAGUUCUUUGCAACUUUGUCUGAGACGUCGGAGAGCCAGGUGGAGAGAAGCUGAGGCGGCAAGCCCGAGCCUCAGAGACUCCAAGAAACAGAGAGAGAGACGAUUCGGCGGAGACCAAGGGGUCAAGGAGAGACCCCAGAGGAAGUGAGGCCGAGGAACCAGCCUGGCAACCCCGGGCCUCACUGCCCCUGAGUGAAGCCGAGGGCCGUGUGUCCCGCCGGCUUCCUCAGAGCGGUUCCUACCCGGAGCCGGGGGCUCCUAGCCGUCUCAGCGACGGGCCCCUACGCUAUGCCCCUCAAGCCGCGGACGUCUUGGCCGCUCCUACCCCGGACCGGGCCCGGAGCCGUCGCCUGAAUCAGCCGGGGAGUGAAGCCAGCCGGAGUUGGGCUCCUGCUCCCAGCCCGACUGCCCUAGCACCGUUUCCCGCCUCUCCGCGAUCUCCCGCAGGGCGGCUCUGAGGGAGGUCCUGAACCUCCAGCAGUGUUUUCUGAGCCCAAUUCGCAAGGUGCCCGGCCUGGCGGCGCGGCUUGCUAGCCGCCGUAGGCAGCCCCUUGGCGCCAGGAGGCAGCGGCGUGGCCCGGCCUGCAGUCUGGAGCGCCCCGAUGGAAAUACACUGUAAGCACGACCCGUUUGCAUCCAUGCAUAGACAUGGAGGAGUGAAUCAGCUUGGGGGGGUUUUUGUGAAUGGACGGCCACUCCCGGAUGUAGUCCGCCAAAGGAUAGUGGAACUUGCUCAUCAAGGAGUCAGGCCCUGUGACAUCUCCAGGCAGCUUCGGGUCAGCCAUGGUUGUGUCAGCAAGAUUCUUGGCAGGUAUUAUGAGACGGGGAGCAUCAAGCCUGGGGUGAUUGGAGGAUCUAAACCAAAGGUUGCCACGCCCAAAGUGGUGGAAAAAAUUGCUGAGUAUAAACGCCAAAACCCCACCAUGUUUGCUUGGGAGAUCAGGGACCGGCUGCUGGCGGAGCGGGUGUGUGACAAUGACACGGUGCCCAGUGUCAGUUCCAUCAACAGGAUCAUCCGGACAAAAGUACAGCAGCCUCCCAACCAGCCGGUCCCAGCUUCCAGUCACAGCAUAGUGUCCACGGGCUCCGUGACGCAGGUGUCGUCGGUGAGCACGGACUCAGCCGGCUCGUCGUACUCCAUCAGCGGCAUCCUGGGCAUCACGUCCCCCAGCGCGGACACCAACAAGCGCAAGAGAGACGAAGGUAUUCAGGAGUCUCCGGUGCCCAACGGCCACUCGCUUCCUGGCAGAGAUUUCCUUCGGAAGCAGAUGCGGGGGGACCUGUUCACACAGCAGCAGCUGGAGGUGCUGGACCGUGUGUUUGAGAGGCAGCACUACUCGGACAUCUUCACCACCACGGAGCCCAUCAAGCCCGAGCAGACCACCGAUUACUCAACCAUGGCCUCUCUGGCCGGAGGGCUGGACGACAUGAAGGCCAACCUGACCAGCCCCACCCCUGCUGACAUCGGGAGCAGCGUGCCCGGGCCGCAGUCCUACCCCAUCGUGACGGGCCGCGACUUGGCGAGCACGACCCUCCCUGGGUACCCUCCGCACGUCCCCCCUGCCGGACAGGGCAGCUACUCAGCGCCAACGCUGACAGGGAUGGUGCCUGGGAGUGAGUUUUCUGGAAGUCCCUACAGCCACCCUCAGUAUUCCACGUACAAUGACUCCUGGAGGUUCCCCAAUCCGGGGCUGCUUGGCUCCCCCUACUAUUACAGCGCCGCUGCCCGAGGGGCCGCCCCACCUGCUGCUGCCACUGCCUACGACCGUCACUGACCCUCGGAGCCAGGCAGGUGCCAAGCACUCAUGACAUGUAUCAUUGAAGGCGAGAGCCUCCCAGCCCCCACCGAACACAGCCAGAGGCUCCCAACAAGACUGUUCCCCAGCAUCCCCCCACUGGCCUGAAACUCCCUCCCUCUCCUUUUCCUGCCAGGGACUCUAGUUCUGUGGCAGGGCUGUUGGAUAUCAGGAUGUUUGUCCAUUUCUAAGAGUCAGUCGAUGCGAUGCUCACAAUGGCGACUGGGUCUCUGCAAACCAACACACCGUUCUGCCGACAACUGUAGCCCCCCACAACCUGCCAGCCCCCCAGCUGUCUCUGUCGCCCACCCGUCCUGCCCACCCCGGCUUGGGAAGGAAAGGUUGCUUUUGAGGCUUCCGCAGCACCCCUGUAAAUACCUUCUUGCUUUUCCACGGGCCUGAGAGUCCAAUAGAGCAGACUGCCCAUCCCAUUAUGCAUCCUGCACUCGUGGUGCAUCACAGGACAUCUUGGACCUGGGCGCAGAGCAUCCCCUCUGCCCUGGGUGCCCCCAUCAGGUGGGCUCGGAGCUGUCCUGGAGACCGAGGAUGCCCACCUUGGGGCCCCACCCUCCUACUCACCUCUGCUCCCCUAAGGUCUCGCCUAGGAGUCACACCGGGCUGGCUGUGCUCCCAGCCCUCUCUGGGACCCUCCCCAGGAGGAAUGCAUUUUACAAAGAUGCCCUGGCUUCCUGUCUCCCUCUCCCUGGGCCCAAUGCCGUGCGAACAUCUCCAGAUCAAAGGACUCAAAGAGAACUGUCUGGGAGAUUCCUCAGCUGCUGUCCUAAAGUAGAGACACUGUCCAAGGUGUCUGCUGCAUUGCAGUCUGAGCAUUAGGGCUGCAUGGGACGCGGGGGAUCCUCUGGUUCCAGCCAAGGAGGGGCCUGCGGCUCACCUGACUCCCUCCACCCUUGGAACCACUGAACUGAACUGGAAGUGUCUUCUGAGGUUGCUCAGGCUCAGAUCACUUUGGACACCCACCAUGGACAUUUCAGCCAUGUUCUGGGACCCCAGCAAGUGGAUUCUGGGCAAGCCUGUCCCAGCCAUUUAGACACUGACUAAAAGGACUUUCCCUUGCAUGAAGGACCACAAACACCCUACAGCAGUCAGCCAGAACUUCCUGAGCACCCCCUCGGGGCUCCUUCCCGGUCCGCAGAGCUUAAGACGCAGCUGGGAGUGGAGGCAGUGGGUGGGGGGCAGAUGCCUAACCUCUCCAAGCGGGUGCCCACCUAUUAAUCCAAGAGGCCAUUUUGGUCUGGACCAUGGCCUGGGGCCAUGGGGGCUCAGAGAAGGAGCUUAGAGAACAUUGAGGGCUGGAGGGGUCAGAAAAGGCACCUGGGAAGAUUUGGGGGAGAAAGGGAGGCCUCCCGGGAGAGGGGGCAGGACAAGCAAUGUGUCUGAGCUGCUUGUGUGUGAACUAGGGGUGGUUUUGAGAUGGGAAUGCCAUGUGCCCCCAUCCCUUCUCAUUUCCUUGCACAGUCUCUCUUGCCCACUCAGAGCAGCCCAGUGGAGGUGCCAUCCAAAUCCAGGCUGAAUUAACAAUGACAGCUGACUCUGUAGUCACCUGUGACAGUAGCCCUGAGGUUUGCAUAUCACCAGGUCCUAGCAUCAGUGUUGACAGAGAGCUGGAGCAAGGAGAGCCCAAACUUGGGGUUAUCAGGCCUGGGGGGUCUUGUCCUGGUCCCACUUCUGCCUUGCCAGAGGACUCCAGACAAAGCCUUCCACUUCUCUGAGCCUCAGCUGCUGUGGGACAGCAGGGUCACCUGAAGAGUCACGUGAUAGCUCUUUCCCUUCCUCCCAGGGAACUGGGGCUGUGACAGGGUUGUCCAGGAGAGACCCUCUAGUUGUGAGCAAGCCUAGGGGAUGGGCAGCUGGCUCCUGCCAAUAUUUGGACCAAGUGGGAAUCAGGAGCACGCAGGGAGAUGGGAGUCAGAGGUCUUGAGGAAGGCCUCAUCCAUCUUCCUCAGGGGAAACCGAAGCCCAGCUUGGGGGCCCAGGGCCACACAGCAGGACAGAGCAGACCUCCUCUGACCAUCACCAAGGGCUUUGACCCUGGCACCCCUGCAAGGUGGUGGGACAGAGGAAGAGACUGAAGCUCAGCCAGGUGAUAUCCCCACGCAAUGAAUGGCAGAGGUGGGGCUGGGAAGUGGGUCCCCUGACCCCUGGCACAUGGGGAUCCCUACCACCCCCAUCCACCCACCUCCCAUCCAAGGGGUGGAAAGUUGACAGUGAGCCAACCAGUGAUGGUUCUGGGCCCACUGUCCCAGACUGGGUCCCAUGGGGCUGUUAGAACUGCUAAGGAAGCUUAUCACCCAGGCCAGAGAUGGAGCUCGGUGGGCUCCCAGAGGGGCCCUGCCAGGCAAAGGAGGUAGCUGAGACCAGAGCCCACCUCCAGGAGCCGGGAUGAACCAGCCUCUACCUGCCAGGCAGCCACCAAGCAAGGUAGGGAAGGCGUGUUUCCCAGCCCCUUGCUUCUGCAGGAAGUGGUGGGGUUGAGAUCUGCGGCACCACCUUCUUGAUCCUCUGUACCCUGCCCACCCCUCUUUCAGAACAAUAUUCCCCCUCGUCUUUGGAUUCUGGUCCCUCCUUGUGGUUUCAGGCUGUUGGGAGCCGGGCAGCCCUGCCUGAACCCACUGCCUGAGGCACACCCCAUCCUUCCUCAGCAAAGCCCAGCUGGCCCAGAGCAGCCUCCUCUACCCAUUCAGCAACUCUUCUUGCCCGGCAGGGAGUCCCUCCAUGUCUUUCCUCUCUCCCCGGAGGCUUUGCUGGUCCUCAGAUUGGAUGUGUAUUUAUUAGACACCCGCUCGAUUCCUGGGUUGCCAGGCAAAAGCACAAGAGCACACAGAUGCACAUGCAUGUUCUCACACACACGCCUGUUCUCACCAGUUCAAGGUUCCCACGCCACCCAGCAGAGCUGCCUGGGUGCUUGGUGAGGGGGUUUCAAAGGAUACCAGCCUCUGAGUAGAUGCCAGAGAAUUCUGAUAGAAAACACCAGUCUAGGGCUUUCACCAGCACCGCAGCAGGAGCCCAGGGGUUCCUCCAGGGGCCAUCAGCCCUAUGUUCCCUCUCUGAAAAAAGACAGUGUGCACUUUGUGAGAGUUUUUCAUUCCAUUAGGCUAGCUCCAACCUAGAAAAGUUUGAUGACAUAUCAAACCUGACAUCUCCUUCCCAGUGCAGCUUCGUUAGGGUUAGCCCUUUGUAACUGGUGGUUGUGUGGUGCUUUGCAACCUUCUACCAUCCCGUGGGGGAAAGAUCACGAUUCUGGUGUUACAGAUGGGGAAAUGGAGAUUCGAGGCUCACGUGGCAGGAUAGAGGUGAGGUGAAUUCUCAGAUCCUCCAUUCUCUCUCCACAGCAUUGUACCCCUGUCGUAGGCGUGUUUGGCUUAGAGACACCCCCCUACCUCUCUAGAGACUCCCCCAGACCCACAUGGAGGAAAGAAAGAGAGCCAGAGGCCGGCCGGAGGGACAGCCCUGAGGGCUGGUGGCUUUGCUGGUCCAAUCUGAUUCACAUUCACACCAAAACCUGCAGUCUCAGCCCAGAUGCACACCAACGGGUCUGGGGGUCCAUCCAGACCCCUUCCUCCUGUGGCCUGAGGCUCAGAGGGAAUUGGGGCUCAUCCCAGGCUAUGCCACGAUCCCGGCCAGGGUCUGCAUGGGAUCCUAGAUCUGACCCUUAGGGCCAGGGCUCUGGCGUCUCAUGAGGCCCCUCACGCUUCUCUUUCCUUUGUCCUUCCCGCUGUGGAACAGACUCCAGGCCUGGCUGAGACAGGCAGGAGGGCCUGAGCCGGGACCCGGAGGAGUCCUCAGGCCCAGGAAACCCAGAGCAGGAGCUCCAGGGCCAGGAGCCAGCUGCUGGCAGGAGGAGAUGGGUGGCCCCAGGCAGCUUGGCAUACAGGGGUGAGGGCCCUGGAAGAGGGCCUGCCCUGCCACAUGCUGUUCAAGUGGGAACAUUUGUAAAGUCAGAACAAUAGGCUUGUGGGCCAUUGACCCACGGGCCCCCCAGCUUGUGACCCCUUGGUCACAAGACCCCCUUUCUUCUUCCCCUCCUUAUCCUUCAUUGUGGAGUUGGGAAAAAGGGAGCCCAAAGAGGUGAGAGAUGAGCCUCAGGUUGCAGCAAUCAGUGGCAGGAACAGGCAGCCCCAGGGCCUUGCCACCCACCCAUCCCCAGCUGGGCUUUUGCAAACAGUUUGGGCUUCGAAGGAAGGGUGGACUAGAGCAUCGGAAGGGGUGGGGAUGGGGAAGCUAUUGGCUUUUAAGGGAGGGAAAUGCUGGGGCCUUUUUCUGGGUACAGGAAGAGCUCCAGAUGUGGCCAGCAAGGCACUGAGGGGUGAAAUCCCUUUAUGAGAAGUCACACCCCAGAGCAACUGUCUUGUCUUGGGCAUUCUGUAGCUCCAGCCACCCACUUCUGGAUGACAUUUCAGCUAGAAUUUAGCUCUAAGCCGUGGGGAGCAAAUCUUUAAAACAAACCAAGCACUCCCAACAAAUACCUGGAACGAAGACAGAUCUGAGCUACAGCUGCCCUGGAGGAGAGAGAGAAAUCCAAGCCCCUAGACAGGCCAGGCCCGGGCUAGUUGGGAGGGUCGCACAGGACUCUGGGCUAGAUCAGCUCCAGGACCACCGACCCCCAGCUCUGCUCGGAGGCCAGCUCUGCGUCCUUGGCCUUGUCACCGUCUUCCUAGGAAGGAGGCUGCCUCUGACGGUUUCCAGGCACGCACCUCAGUGCUCCUGGUGAAUUUAUUUCUCUAGUUCUUUUGGCCUCGGAGACAUCCAAGGCAAGUUCAUUUCUUAAAAGGUAACAAAAUGCAUGACUGGAAAGUCGGACAGUCAGGCCACGACUCCUAGCCCAUGGCCUGCCCCACCUUAUCCCCUGUUGUCCCCGUACCUCAGGAUUCCCUCUUGCAUAUUCAUGAUGGAGCUGCACUUCCCCACUGUCAGCUCACUGUCGCACCUCCAGAGUGGCACGGAGGCCCAGAGGUGAGCCCCGGCCUGCCGCUCUCCUAACGCGCCCGCCUCUGGAACGGCUGCUCGCUGGGAGCAGGCAGGCACUGCACGUUUUUUAUUCGCUGGUAACUCCUCGGCACUGGGGCCCUGCUCCUGGACGCCAGGAACAGAGGGCUCGUCGGGGCCACGUGACUGCCGUCCCAAGGUUUCAUUCCCCGCGUUCCCAGGGGUCCUGUUUAGCCCAUCUCCGCUUUGGGGGUAAACACAACCACCAUUCAGUAAGUCUAGCUAUUCUUCUGCCCGUGUCCUGGACCCCUGAGCAGUGCAAGGAGAAAAUGUAGCUGAUAUCUAUUUAUUGAGGGCAUCUCAGUGAGUUCUAAAAUGGUGCUGGUCUCAGGUAAGGUAUCUGGCCUGUGGGCAGGAGAGACAGAGCGUGGGAACCCCGCCCUCCAGCUUCUGGCACCUAGGAGGGAGGUAGGUCAGCAGCAGGGGAGGGGUGCAUUGGGAGGUUUGCAGCGCCCCCCCCCAACAACCCUGGCCCACCUGCUGUGUGGGGUCUGCCAAGUCCAUGGCCGUGGCCGCCAGGCUGCCCUUAUCCCCCAAACCACCACGCUUGUGGCCACGUCCCUCGUCUUCUCCGAAAGCACCAUUAAGAACAAGUGAUUUUGAAUGAUUGAUUUUGAUUUACAAACUGUGCAUUUCCCUUGGAAUGGAAAUUUUCAAGCAUGAAUACAUUUUAAUGAAACCAUUUUAUUGUAUUUGAGGAAAUGGAGAGUUGAACAUUCCAACCAAUCAAUAGCUAAUUAAUUGCUAUAAAGCUAAAAAGAAAAUAAAUGAAUCCUGAGUCUAUUUUAAAUGCCCUACAAAACUCAGAGCCUCAGAAUCUGGCCUCCCCCUCCAUACGUGUGCACGUGAGUGCACGUAUACUCACGCGCACACGCACGUUCACUCACUCAUCUACACCUCAGACAUACUUCAAACUCAGAAAACGCUGAGUCUCCUCAAGCCGAUUCUUGCCUGCUCUCCUCGCCUUUGGUCAGAGAAGGUGAGCAGACCUGGCAGUAGCCCGUCCUGGGGCUCAGGAAGAGACAGCCCAUCCCCUGACCCCAAGCCGCCAGCAGCCGCCGCAGUUGGGUUGAGGAUGGAAAGCUGCCUCUGGGUUUGCCCUGACUCCUGCUGGAAGAUGCUGCCCUGGUUUUUCACCCUCUAGUGGCCUUUGGACAUUGAGUAUUUGUAGAAAUGCAGAUUACAUUGCAAAUGGAGCUCUUUGCCAGGAAGACACAUGGAUUUUGCUUUUCAUCCUUUGAGACAGUUGACUCUGUCUUAGGGACUGACCUUCCAGCAUCAAAGAAAUACAUAUCUAUUGUACCCACCAAAGUUUGUGAUGCCUGCCUAGAUGCUUACUUGUAAAAAAAAAAAAAGUACAAAAAAACAAUUAAAAAAACACCACAAUUGAAUUGCCUUUGAAAGUGGGAGAU